AUGCUGAGCCUCAUCAAACUACCUCGAGUCUUUACCAUCAAUCAGGUUCCCAAAGUCUUCCAUGAGGAUGGGAUUAUGUCAGGGUACCGUCACCCCUGCAGCUCUGCCAAAGAGUGUGUCCUUAGUCUCUUCCAGCUUACAAAUGAAACCCUCAACAUUUGGACCCAUUUUCUCCCUACCUGGUUCUUCCUUUGGAAACUGUUGACAGUCAUAUUUGUGCAGGAUGAAUGGCGUGACCCUUAUGUGUGGCCCCUGUUGAUGUUCCUGACCUCCUGCUGUGUGUAUCCUCUGGCGUCUAGCUGUGCUCACACCUUCAGCACUAUGUCAGUGCGCGCCAGACAUAUCUGCUUCUUCUUCGACUACGGGGCCCUCAGCUUCUACAGUCUUGGGACUGCCAUUACUUAUUCAUCAUAUUGUUUCCCUGAGAAAUGGGUGAACAGUAUGUUCCAUUGGUACUACAUACCAGCUGCUGUUUUCAACUCCAUCAUAUGCACUGGCCUGGCCUGCUACUCAAGACUUGGCAUGCCAUUUCUUCACUACAACUGCAACACUAUUAGGUCCUCUGAAAGCUUCAGUCCAAAGUUGGGCAAAAGCCUGCGCAUAGUGGCUUUUGCAUAUCCUUAUUUGUUUGACAACAUUCCUCUGUUUUACAGGAUAUUUGUCUGCACUGGUGAUGGCUGCACUAAUAAUGAGGCCAUUGGUCUUCAUUACCAGCACACAUCAAUGGCCUUCCUCACUGGUUUUCUUUUUGCUACGCAUUUGCCAGAACGACUGGCUCCAGGCAGUUUUGACUACAUAGGACACAGCCAUCAACUGUUUCAUGUAUUUGCAAUCACUGGUACAUAUUUCCAAAUGAAAGCCAUUGAACUUGAUAUGACCUUGCGGAAGCAGUGGCUUCAGAUGCAUACCCAGCCCAUCCCCUUUGUUAACCCUGUGGGCUCAGCAUUGCUCUCUCUGGCUCUUAGUCUCAGCAUUAUCUAUGUCUUUAGUUUAGCAUUGUUCUCUACCACUGACAAGCAGAAGAGAGACAAAAAGAAAUAA